AGUCUGUAGGUGACUACAGAAGGAGGAGGAGCUCCAUCUGUUCUCUCUUCAGGCAGUUGUUGUGUCUCUCAGCGCUUGUUGGGUUCACAACCUAUUAAAUAAGCCGGCUGGUCUUCACCCUCCCAGACAAGUCAACUCAGGGGAGGCGGCAGGGUGCGGGCCUUGGCCCGCAGCCCUAGCCAGGGCCGGGGCUGGGGCCGGGGCCAGGGCUGGUGCCCGGGGCCGCGCUGUGAGGUGGGCAGGCGAGGAGCGGGAAGACCAUCUCUGCAAGUGCAGCAUAGCCUUGGCCUAGGACAGCGGGAGUGCGUGGCCAAAGCUGUGAGCAGAGGCACAGGUGGUGGCAGACAGUAGAGGCGCCCCAUGGGGAACAUACUGACCUGUCGUGUGCACCCUAGCAUCAGCCUCGAGUUUGACCAGCAGCAGGUGUCGGUGUGUCCCUCUGAAUCUGAGAUCUAUGAGGCAGGAACUGGGCACGGGAUGGCAGGAGCACCCAUGGCUGCUGCUGUACAGCCUGCUGAGGUGACUGUUGAAGUUGGUGAGGACCUCCACAUGCACCACGUUCGUGACCGGGAGAUGCCUGAAGCUUUGGAGUUUAACCUUUCUGCCAAUCCAGAGUCAAGCACAAUAUUCCAGAGGAACUCUCAGACAGAUGCUUUGGAGUUUAACCCUUCUGCCAAUCCAGAGGCAAGCACAAUAUUCCAGAGGAACUCUCAAACAGAUGUUGUAGAAAUAAGAAGAAGCAACUGUACAAACCAUGUAUCUACUGAGCAUUUCAGUCAACAAUACAGCUCAUGUUCGACAAUAUUCCUUGAUGACAGCACAGCCAGCCAGCAUUAUCUUACAAUGACAAUAAUAUCUGUGACCUUGGAGAUACCUCAUCAUAUCACACAAAGAGAUGCAGAUAGAUCUUUGAGGACACUUGAUGAACAGUUACACUCAUUUGCGGUUUCCACCGUGCACAUUACCAAGAAAAGAAAUGGAGGUGGGAGUUUAAAUAACUAUUUCUCCUCCAUUCCAUCAACUCCCAGCACCAGCCAGGAGGACCUUCAGUUCAGUGUUCCUCCCACUGCCAACACACCCACGCCCGUUUGCAAGCGGUCCAUGCGCUGGUCCAACCUGUUUACAUCUGAGAAAGGGAGUGACCCAGACAAAGAGAGGAAAGCCCCGGAGAAUCACGCUGACACCAUCGGGAGCGGCAGAGCCAUCCCCAUUAAACAGGGCAUGCUCUUAAAGCGAAGUGGGAAAUGGCUGAAGACAUGGAAAAAGAAAUAUGUCACCCUGUGUUCCAAUGGCGUGCUCACCUAUUAUUCAAGCUUAGGUGAUUAUAUGAAGAAUAUUCAUAAAAAAGAGAUUGACCUUCAGACACCUACCAUCAAAGUCCCAGGAAAGUGGCCAUCCCUAGCCACAUCGGCCUGCGCACCCAUCUCCAGCUCUAAAAGCAAUGGCCUAUCCAAGGACAUGGACACUGGGCUGGGUGACUCCAUAUGCUUCAGCCCCAGUAUCUCCAGCACCACCAGCCCCAAGCUCAACCCGCCCCCCUCUCCUCAUGCCAAUAAAAAGAAACACCUAAAGAAGAAAAGCACCAACAACUUUAUGAUUGUGUCUGCCACUGGCCAAACGUGGCAUUUUGGAGCCACGACGUAUGAGGAGUGGGAUGCAUGGGUCCAAGCCAUCCAGAGCCAGAUCCCGGCCAGCCUGCAGUCAUGCGAGAGCAGUAAAAGCAAGUCCCAGCUGACCAGCCAGAGCGAGGCCAUGGCCCUGCAGUCGAUCCAAAACAUGCGUGGGAACUCCCACUGUGUGGACUGUGAGACCCAGAAUCCUAAGUCCAGUUUGAACUUGGGAGUCCUCAUGUGUAUUGAAUGCUCAGGAAUCCACCGCAGUCUUGGCACCUGCCUUUCCCGUGUGCGAUCUCUGGAGCUGGAUGACUGGCCAGUUGAGCUCAGGAAGGUUAUGUCAUCUAUUGGCAAUGACCUAGCCAACAGCAUCUGGGAAGGGAGCAGCCAGGGGCAGACAAAACCCUCAGUAAAGUCCACGAGGGAAGAGAAGGAACGGUGGAUCCGUUCCAAAUAUGAGGAGAAGCUCUUUCUGGCCCCACUACCCUGCACUGAGCUGUCCCUGGGCCAGCACCUGCUGCGGGCCACCGCUGAUGAGGACCUGCAGACAGCCAUCCUGCUGCUGGCACAUGGCUCCUGUGAGGAGGUGAACGAGACCUGUGGGGAGGGAGACGGCUGCACGGUGCUCCAUCUGGCCUGCCGCAAGGGGAAUGUGGUCCUGGCGCAGCUCCUGAUCUGGUACGGGGUGGACGUCAUGGCCCGAGAUGCCCACGGGAACACAGCGCUGACCUACGCCCGGCAGGCCUCCAGCCAGGAGUGCAUCAACGUGCUUCUGCAGUACGGCUGCCCUGACGAGUGCGUGUAGUAUCUGUUUUAUUUGACUGCAGUCUCCUUGGUGCAAAAACAAAAUGGGAAAAAUAAGGAUAACUCAGAAUUUCAAAAUGAAAUCACAAAUUCAGCUAAUAAUAGCAUUUUCAGUACUUUUCGUAAACUAAGUAAAUACACAAAAUGUUGAU